AUGGGUCUGACUGUGAGUUCCGGUUAUGCUGUGUCACCUCAACAUGCAGGUGUUUAUCCAGUUCAUGAGGCUCUGUACAAUUCCUGGCAGUCUGUUUGGAAUAUUAGCGUAACAUCCACGGAAGAAUAUCCGCAUUUUCGACCAGCUUCCUCGCGUCGUGGUUUCAUACAUCGAAAUAUAUCGGUGCUUCCACGGCAAACCUGUGGCCUUUACACUCAUACGCAGUUUUUCCAUUCGUAUCCUGACGGUUUCACGAAACUGCUGAGUAACAUUGAAGGCGGUGAUCUCUUUUUUACUAUAUUGCUCAAUCCGUUUUCGAUAUUCAUGACGCACCAGCAGAAUUAUGCGAAUGAUCGUCUCGGCAUUUUCUCAUUUGAACGGGUCGUGGAUUUUAUUAGAUGCUGGACGAAUCUGGAGCUGCACUGGAUGGAACCGGCACGCAUUGCUGCUGGUUAUUUCACGCGUUUUGUGGCAGAAAAAGUUCCCAUAUGGAAUAAUCCUUGUGUUGAUCCGCGGCACGCAAAAAUCCUUCCACAAGCACUUAAUUGUACCGACAUGCCGCUUCCUAACAUGCUUAUUGUGGGCCCACAAAAAACCGGUUCAACAGCUCUUGCGACUUUUUUGAAUUUGCACCCAAAUUUCUCCACAAACGAUCCGAUAUCUUCAUCGUUUGAAGAGCUGCAAUUCUUUGGCGGCCCAAAUUAUGCUCGUGGAUUGCUCUGGUAA